CUUUCAAACAAUCAAAUCCAACAACUUUUAUAUAAAAGUUGUUCAUUCUUCCAUUUCCUUACCUACUUAUAAGUGAAUCAAAUAUUGGUAAUUUUCCUUUAUUCUGAGUUGAUCAGGGAAUUUCUAAUUACAUCCAACAUGAUACGUUAAUUUACAUACAAAUUUCCCGACUCCAAAAAAAAAGAGGCACCUUAAACAAGGACGCGACUUCCGCGUGACGGAAACGUUACCACACAAGAGGCGAUUGAUUGUAUCAUUGAAGGAAGGAGAAUCGCAAAGAAAAACGGUUUCCUUUCUACAAAAUACAAUAACUAAUACUCAUCGUCGACAUCUCAAUAAAAGAAUACAAUUUGCUGAUUGCUAAGUUGCUAUUAUAUCAAUCAAUCAAUCAAUCAUUCGAGGUUUGUGGUAAGUUGUUGUUUCAUUACAUUGUCUUGUCGCAUCAUUACAACCCUCCCUCCCUCCCUCCCUCAUUAUAGUAACUCUUUGACACUUUUGUCGCAAGGGUUAUCUGCACCUCUCCGCUCCCUCUACAUCUGCUAUUCCUCGACGGCAUAAUACUCAUUGUUCGCUCUAGUUGUCAACAACCAUACCGAACCAUACCACGUCUUAUGCACAAUAAUCACCGGGUCAACGCUGUCGCAAAAAAAUGCCCAAAAUGCCAUCUUCCGGUAAGAGGGCCCAACGGCCACGUCGAGAACCAAUGAUGAAAGUUGAUAUUCCUGACUCCUCACCUUCUCGUCCUUCCAAGAGAAGAAAGAAGGUAAGUUUUUUUAUCAUUGCGCAUCUGCCACUUCAGCUGAUCAAAGAUGCAGACUGAAGAACCUACCAAUCUCCUAACCUCGAAUCAACUGCCACGCGAUCCGCCUACAUCCGAAAUGGAUAAGGAAGAAGUAAUCUCCAGAGUCACUGAAGUCUUGGGAUUACCCGGUUUUAUACAAGUUCGCCAAGAUCAUGGGGAUGAGAAACAUACAAAGGAGAGCAGAGGUGGAAUUACAGCUUUCGCAAAAUUGGCUGGGAAGGGUUGGACUUAUUAUCUCAAGGACCUGCGAAUCAAUGUUGGUCGUCACUCUGCUGAGGCUGAAGGUCACGAUGAAGGAUUCAUUCCCGUCGAAGUCCAUGUUGAUCUUGGCCCAAGCAAGAUGAUUUCCCGACAACAUGCCUCAAUCUAUUACUAUGAUGGCUGGAGAAUGGAAGUCUGUGGUCGCAAUGGAGUCAGGGUUGACAAUAGGAUAUUUCGCCGCAACGAAUUUGCAGAAUUGCACAGUGGAGCUAUUAUCGAUAUAUCUGGAGUUGAGAUGAUGUUCGUUCUACCUGACGGUGAUUUCAAAAUUGAUCCGACAUUCCUACGAAGAUCCGAGUUAAGCGCCGAGGAUACAGAGGAUGCUCGGAGACAUAGAGAAGAAACUCCUGAUGUCCUCCCACCUCCUUCAGCUAAUGGAGCUCCACAAGCGAUUGCUCCAGCUCCACAAGGUUAUCAGCGCCCUGGUACUCCUCAUCCUGUUUCUCGAAUCAAAAUUCCGGGUUCCAAUAAGAGAUCGCCUCCUGCAUAUUCGGCUGGCGGUACGAUGGUUAUGAAUGAUUCUGAAAGUGUUGACCUCAGUCUCGAUUCUAAUGCCCAUAUCAAGCCAGGUUACAGUUACAGUCAAAUGAUUGCGCAGGCAAUUAUUGGAACUCCAGGUGAGACCUUGGUAUUGAAUGGUAUUUAUCAAUACAUCAUGCGCAGAUAUGCUUAUUACAGACAUCAACCACCCCACGGUUGGCAAGUAAGUUGUUAAAUCAUCUUUUUGAUUGAAUUAGGACUAACUAUGGAUAAAAGAACUCUAUUCGCCACAACCUUUCACUCAAUCACAAUUAUGAUAAGACACCACGUGGAAAGGACGAGCCUGGAAAAGGUAUGAAGUGGUUUAUCAAGCAGGAACGGUAUAAAGAGAUGAAAGCUCUUGCAAGUUCAGCACCUGGUAGAGGUGGUGGUCAUCGGGGAUCUUCACAACCAGCAUCACCAGUGGCAACUGUCGAUCAAGGUUUUAAAGAUGAAUUUAGUCCGGAGUCUGCUGUUAAAGAAAAGCGAUCCCCAAGUUCAGGCUCACCAUUUAUGAACUUGUACUCACCUCAAGGACCACAAUAUACCCCCGAACGUGCUCCGAGGGUCCAGAUUUUGCAAGAUGACUUACCUGGCGAUGGUAGUCCUCUACCUAGACAUCGACGAGCCCAGAAGAGUACCCUUGGUCUUUCUGAUAAUAUUCCUGGUUCUCCACCCAUUCUUACACCUUCCUAUCAACAAGAUGAGGGUAACGCAUUCGUCACGCCAGCUCCACAUCGUGUUCACCCACAUUUAGCUCCACCAAGUACUGCACAGCGACCAAGUCAGCAUAUGCCAACUAGUUCCCCUGCUCCAUUUUGGAGAUUCGCUGGAGUCACUCCUCUCCGAGGAUUUAGUGUUUAUGAUGUUAGCAGUCCUAUUAAAGGUUUUCAACCCGGAGUUCUUCCUAGCAGCAGUCCACCUCCAAUGAGAAGAAAUCUCGCUAUGAGUCCUACCAGGAAUAGUAACCCAGGAAAGCACCAGAUCUCAAAUGAUGACGAGCUUGAAGAGGAAGAAGAACAAGGUUAUGAUCUUACAAGGUUAGUCCUUUCCUUUCAAAAGUGAAAUUUUUACUGACUUUUUUAUUAGGGGGUUUCAAACUAUUGGAUCUUAUCACGCUCCAGCUGCAAAUCUUGCUACGCCUUCAGCUCGCAUCUAGGGUUCGAUAUUGAUUGUGUUUGCGAGUAUUUCUUUCUUUUUUGCUUUUGUACAACAUAAAAGUUCACCGGGCUUCUUCGCCUUUUUUUUCACUUAAACACAUACUUCUCUACGAACAAUCACACUUUCUACUCACCAUCUCCCGACUCACCAUCAUCUAUUCAUUCAUGUUUACGAUAACUCAUAUGUGGCGUUGUUCCAAGAAGGUUAUCGAAUUGGCAGGUUAUUUAAUUAUUCUCCACGAGUUUCCUAUGUUGAGGGUAGGAGUAUACGGUUGUACUUUUUGUACAUUUAUGGGUGGAAUUUUCAAAAAAUGGAAAGUGGGAUAAGGGGUGGAGGCUUGCAAUGAUUUUUUUUUUAUGACGGAUGGUUUCCUCUAGACAUUUAACGACAUGAUUCAAUGGUUAUUAUGAGUAGGCAUGGUACUCAAUCGGUAGGAUGUGGGUGGUUUAUUGGUUGCGUUGGCUUUAUCUGAACUUUUUAUGUCUGUACGUAUGUAUGAAGGCGUACACGGAUGAGAUUGUUAGAUUCUUAUUAAUCAUUUCUUGAUAUUUUCAUAUUGAAAUGGUGAAGUGGUG